GAGGAAAAAAUUCAGGAACGUGCAUUUUUGUUUACCAAUCUAAUCAUCAUCAUCAGUCUUCGUCAAAAUAUUUGAACAAGUGUAUAAAAAUUUUUAUAAUUUAGACAAGAGCUUGUCUCAGCAAUCAAACAAAACUAUGACUUUUCAUACAAUUUUCAACAACUCGAGUCAUUUGUAAAGUAUUUGAAUUAAUAUUGCGCUUGGAGUAUGCAGAAGAAGUAUUUCUCUGACGAAAUAUUUGCUUAGCUGCGUUAAAAAAAAUUAAAUCGCAAUUUUUUUUCUAAAGUGCACAGAAAAAAAUAGCGAACAAACGAAGAAAUUUAUCGCUUCACAAACGAUCACGAGAACAAAGUGAAUGGCAUGUGCCAAUUAUUGCAGCAAUAAUUUCCUUGUAGUAAAAACAAAAAACACCGCACCAAACUGGCAUACUAUGGAUAUUCGAUUGUCAGUGAAUCGUCAACAAGAACUCCGUGGGCUCCUCCGUCAGGAAGUCACAUAGAAAGUAUUGAAGCCGAUAAUAUACAAAGUUUACUUAAUGAAACCGAGUCAGACUUGUCAGAGCUGUCACACCUCGAUGCUCCCAACGAUGUCAUCUACAUGGUAUGUGGAGUUGUCAUUGCCAUGCUUCUCGUAGGCCUAAUUAUAGUUUUAGUAGCAGUUACUAUCAGCAAACUGAGAAAGCGUGAGGACUCGUCGGCCGGCAGCCCAGUGCAUGUCGAAUCACCACAAGCUGUGUUACCAAAUGAAACAACACCACCAGUGACAUAUCGGCAACAAUCGCCAUCCGUUUGGGUCUUUCCGCCGCUUCCGCCACAGCCAAAUCUUUACAUUCACAAUGCAGCCAAUCAUGAUGCGUUGAUACAAAGUGAUAAGAAAGGCCUGUAUGGCUUCAAAAAACAAUUAUCUGGCAGAUUUAAGCGGCUAGUGUCACGGAAGCAUCACGAAUCAGCUCCUGUUAUACCACCCGAGUUGAAGCCACAACUUAAAACUAUUUAUGUGUAUUAAGGCGCUUAGUUUUUAACGUUAUUUUAUUUAAUUUUAUUAUGUAGGAUUUUACGAGUUACAAAAAAAACUGUUUACUUAAAGAUUGUAUUAGGAUACUUUUUUGGAAUAAUUUUUUUUAGUCAAAUCGCUUUUAUAGAAAUUCUGCACGAAAAAUUACUUAAAAAAACCAUCGAUCGGUUUCAAAAAAAAAAAUCUUAAUUUAAACACAAAAAUGUAAUAAAGACUGAUUGACACAACUCUCGAUUUAUUUGAGAGUUGAUAAAUGUUAUUAAAAAAAAUAAUGAAAAAAUACUAAAAAUUAAGAAUAUUCAAGUAAUUUCUAUUAGCCAUACACACAAAAUGCCAUCAAAUUAACAAGAUUCGGUUUGAAUUUGAAUUUUGUCGCAUUUAUUGGUGCUUUUUAUUUCAUUUCAUCUAAAGUAAAGCGUUGCCUUUUUUUUCAAAAUUUAUAAAAAAAUUAAAAAGCACCAAAAUUUCCCUAAAAAAAUAAAUGCAGCCAUCACCUUUCUUGCACAAAAAGCUCUAAAAAGUAUCACGCACAUGAAAUAGAAGGUUCCUUGUGAAUGUUAAAAGAAAAAAUUGUUAAACGCACUUCCAGUAAUUAUUAGAAUAAUUUUAAUUUAUUUUUUAAUAAUUAUUUAUUUGCGUAACUGUUAAGUUAAAAGAAGAUAUGAAGACAUCGCACAGUAUUCAGACCCUUAAUCAAUUAACGGGCAAUUGAUCUGACACCGAAAAAGCCAUCAGCAGGAGUAGGAGUCCAAUUUAAUCAAUUAGCUUUCAUUAUUGAAUACAAAGACAAAACAAACAAUAAAAACAAGAAGCAAGAGAAUUAAACUUCUAAUAAAGACAUGUAAGAAAAAAACACCACUUUUCGUAGAUCGAGUCAAGACAAAAAAAAAUAUCACAUGAGCGUUGUGCACAAAUUGUUUAAAUUAACUUAUAAGAGAAAAAAAUGAGCAGCAGAAGCAUAGUAUUAGUAGAAAUUAUAUUUAUCUUAAUAUGAUAUUGCUACAAAAAAUAUAAAAAAAUAACUAAACAAUAAAUUAAAACAAGUUAGUUGAAUGUAAUUUUAAAAAAUGAGUAAGUUUUAUUUCUAGGUUUUAUAUUUAUAAUUUCUGAUAAUUAUAAUGAGAAA